AUGGCUGCGAAGGAGACCUGGGAGCGUUCUUCUAUACCGUUACCUCUGGCGGGUUUCUCGAGGAAUUCAGUUUUCCUCAACAUACAUUACCUGAUCGCAUGCAGUAAGAAACGUACCUCACAAGAUAAUUCUGCUCUGAGGUUCCCCUGGUUUCUGUGGCAGAUUUGGAAAGCGAGAAAUGCAUUUUGCUUUGAGAGAGUGCGCUAUGAGGCAGAAGCCAUAGUCUCUAAAGCUGACGAAGAUGCAAUAAUAUGGACACAGCUCCAACGGCAUGACCAAGAAGAGCCUAGUUCUUUAUCAAGAGGAAUGCUCUAUAGAAGAAGUUGGGAACCCCCACCCCUGGAUAUGAUUAAGUGCAAUGUUGGCGUUUCGUGGAGGAGUGGCUCGCAAGUGAGUGGUUCAGCAUGGAUCAUCCGAGAUUCUCAGGGACAGGCCAUCUCACAUAGUAGACGAUCUUAUUCUGCGUGUCGUUCUCUCACAGAGGCAGGUUUGAACGCUCUGUUCUGGGCGGUGGAAGCAGUUAAGAAUAUGCGUAUGAAUAAAAUUAUCCUAGAGGUGUCUUCUCCUGAAGUGUAUGAGAUCAUAACCAACUCUAGGUGUAAUGUACGAAGGUGUGCGCUGACGGAUAAGGUGCUUCAUCAGCUGAGCUCAAUAAAUCAUUACCACCUGACGUACGUACAUGUUGAGGCGAAUCAAGUAGCUGAGGAGAUUGCUCUGAGUGUCACACGUGACACUCGUCUUCAGUCAUAUGUCGCUCAUGGAGGUCCUGCAUGGCUUAGGACCCUUAUUCUCAAGGAAGCGGAGGUGAGUGCCAUAGACGAGGCGAGUGGAGCUUAA